AUUUUCAGUCGAUUUGACCUUUUUAUUUGGAUUUCAGCUCUGGUUCAAACUACGUUUAUCAAUCAACGAAACAGCAAGCGCGAAUUCACCUCGAGUCUGGGUGUGAUCACCCGUUUUUCGCCAUUUCCUCUUCGUUCGUUACCAGGAUGAACGAUGGGGAAAACUAUUGGAAUGCGUUUCGAUCGCACAAAAGAUCUGCCACUGAUGGACCGACCCUUUCGCCAUGGAUGGUCACAGUUUUACAGGCGACAAAGCUACUUCUUUUCGCACUUUGUAAUAUAGUAUUAACACUUGGAUCAGUUUUUUCGAAACUCAUCGUAUUGAUCAUGGCUACUAACAUCGUCCCUCGAGCUCAUCUCAUUGGGAAAUUCGCCAGGAAAUGCACGAAAGCCGCCGUUCGACGUACAUCUACAACAACUGCGGGAAUAUAUCUGUCGCUACUAUUGAUUCAGUGUUUCCCUGAUACUAUCAAUCUGAUACGUUCUGGCAUAGAUAUGUGGAAAGGACAAUGUGGUCAACUCGUCAAGUCAGUGGUUGUUCUGGAAUCUCUUCGAGCAAUCGGACUCGCCGUUCUGAGCUUCCACGUUUUCCCUCAAUUGGAUCUCGCCAGAUGCCUUGUUCUCAGCGCAUGCUUCCCACUUGUGGCUGUGUUGCAAAGAUCUUUGGUAGCAAUGGUUUCUGCUGCUAGAACAGGAAGAUCAUUCCGAAAUCGUCUCGGCCGAUGCUUCGUUGCAAUUCCACAUGUCAUUAUGUUCUUGGUUCUCAUGAGUAGCUGUUAUGUUUGGGCGCUAUUUGAUAACAAGUUCACAGCUAUAAUUGCACUUCCGAUUGGAGUAAUUUGCACUUCAGCUGGCUUUUGGGAAUCUUGGAUUGACACAACGCAUUCUGGUACUUCAUUUGAUGAGUUAUACAGGCUCAAAUAUGCUGUACGGAAGAUGAACACCACCACGAAACUUAUUGUUUCCCUCAUGCGCAUCGUUUGUACAGUUUCAGUUCUGGUAUCUGCUGUCUAUAUUAACGAUCACAAGAAGCUUAAUUCAUCUCAUUUUGUCAAGGCAUUCUUUAGUUUCAGUACACGGCAACCCCACACGAGGCUUCUUCUACUAGCCACCGGAAUCAUUGUUCUCCAUUUUGUCAUGCGAGGGAUUUCACGCUUCUUGGCUGCUCUUGAUCUGCAUCCGUUCUCUUUCGUGCACCCACUCUCCAUUGCUCCUCUCAUCGCUUAUGGAUACGUCCGUUAUGCUUGCCAAUCACCCACAUGUUCAAUAGCUCGACGAUUGGCUAGAUUUGGUCUUCAUUGGGUGUGUGAUCAAUGGUUCCAAAGCGCACGAGGAAUCGCAUCUCCGGACUUUUACAUUUGCCUUAUUUGGUUGUUGGUAGGAUGCUAUAGAGGAUGGAGAUUGGUUAGACAACGAUACUUUGAUACGAACGAAGAAAUCAUCUCUUCAAUGCCUCCUGUCUGUAAUGGCCUCUGCAUCGAGCAAUCUCUUGUGGUAUUCCAACAUUCACUGAAUCGGCAAGAAAAAACUAUGCUUACCGAAGAAGAAGACAUAUCGGAUGAGAAUGAUGAGCUACGAAUUCGAAACGAUGAAGUUGACAGAGUGUCUACGGUUUAUGGAUGUGCAACCAUGUGGCAUGAAACAGAAACCGAGAUGCGACAAGUACUUCGUAGUAUUCUGAAGCUUGAUGUGGAUCAUGCGACACGUAUGAACAACAAGAAAGCUAAUGAACUUCGAUACCGAUUGGAAGGUCACAUUUUCUUCGAUGACGCAUGGGAAGAUGUCGAAGAAGAUGGAAUAGAGAAAAGGCAGCCAAAUGAAUACUUCAACAUGUUCUUUGACUUGCUCAAUGAAAUGACUGGUGAAAGAUUAAAUGAAGAAGGAAAGAUGGAAACAAGAAUUCUCGUCAAUACACCUUACGGUGGUCGUCUUGUUGUAAAACUUCCAUCAGGAACUUUACUCUUCGUACAUUUGAAGGAUAAAAAGAUGAUUCGACACAAAAAGCGAUGGAGCCAAGUUAUGUACAUGUAUUACCUUCUUGGUCAUCGUAUCAUGGAUUGCCCACUUUCUAUUGAAGAUAGACAACAGAUGGCUGACAACACGUUUAUUCUGGCUAUUGAUGGAGAUUCUAAGUUCGAACCUGACGCACUUCUUCGUCUUCUCCACUUGAUGAAUGCGAAAAGUGAUAUUGGAUGUGCUUGUGGAAGAAUUCACCCAAUUGGAAAUGGUAUAAUGGUUUGGUAUCAGAAGUUUGAGUACGCUAUUGCUCAUUGGUUUCAAAAGGCUGCUGAACAUGUUUUCGGUUGUGUCCUUUGUGCGCCUGGAUGUUUCUCAUUGUUCCGUGCAUCUGCAUUGAUGGAUGACAAUAUCAUGCACAAGUAUACUAAGACCGCUUCCGAACCACGUCACUACGUCCAAUAUGAUCAAGGAGAAGACAGAUGGUUAAGUACAUUGCUUUUGAAACAAGGAUAUCGUAUCGAAUACGCCGCUGCGUCUGAUGCUGAAACAUACGCUCCGGAAGGAUUCGAAGAAUUUUUCAAUCAACGUAGACGCUGGACUCCUUCGUCGAUUGCUAAUACAGUAGAUCUUCUGAUGGAUUACAAGAGAGCUUCAGAAAAUAAUGACGCCAUUUCAUAUGCCUACAUCGCCUAUCAAUUCCUUGUGAUCUUCUUCUCAAUGCUCGGACCUGCCAUUAUAUUCACUAUGCUCGUAUUCGCCCAAGUUGCUGCUUUUGAACUUCGAGGAUCUGAUGUGAUGCUCUAUAAUGGAAUUCCGAUAGGAUUUUUCAUUGUUCUUUGUUUCACAACAGAGUCGAAUAUUCAACUUAUCUAUGCCAAGUACAUGUCGAUUGCGUACGCGUUCGUAAUGUUGGCUGUGUUAGUCGCUACCAGCAGUCAAAUUGUUCUCGAGACUGUUCUCGCUCCUACAUCUCUCUUCAUUGUCACAAUGGUCGGAAUCUUCUUCUUUGCUGCAUGUCUUCAUCCAAAAGAAUUCACGAAUAUUAUCCAUGGUGUCGUAUUCUUCCUCAUGAUUCCAUCUACAUAUGUGUUCCUCACUUUAUAUUCGCUCAUCAAUCUCAACGUUAUCACGUGGGGAACUCGUGAAGCUGUCGCUAAGGCAACGGGACAAAAGACGAAAAAAGCGCCUAUGGAACAAUUUAUAGACAGAGUGAUUGAUAUUGUGAAAAAGGGAUUCAGAUUAAUCAGUUGUCGGGAGAAGAAGGAACAUGAAGAGAGACGAGAGAAAAUGGAAAAGAAAAUGCAGAGAAUGGAGCUAGCCUUGAGAAGUAUUGAGAGUGGUGCCGACGUGAAGAAAAUUCUCGAUGCAACAGAGGAGAAGGAGAAACGUGAAGAAGAAACUCAAACUGCAGAUUUUCCGAUUGAAGAGAACGUAGAGAAGACUCAAAAAGAGAUUCAGAAGGCAAACCGUUAUGUGUGGAUGACAAGUCAUAGCUUGAAAGUUUGUGAACGAGGAAAACUGAAAAGUGCGGAAAAGGUUUUCUGGAACGAGCUCAUCAAUGCAUAUCUGAAACCGAUCAAGACGACGCCAGCUGAAAUGAAAGCCGUCGCCGAAGGAUUGGCUUCUCUACGAAAUCAGAUUGCUUUCACUAUUCUUCUCGUUAAUUCUCUUCUUGCUCUUGCCAUCUUUUUGAUUCAGAAACACAAAAAUGUGCUCAGCAUCAAGUUCUCGCCAAUCAAAAACUUCCGAUGGACGAAAAUGAAUGAGAUGACUGGACAAUACGAGGAAACCGAUGAACCAUUAAAAAUAGAUCCACUUGGAAUGGGAAUUGUUGUUUUCCUUCUAAUUAUUCUUUUUGUUCAAACUCUCGGAAUGCUUCUCCAUCGACUUAACACUAUGAUAGGAGCUUUCCAAGAAGUGAAAAAUUUGUACGAAUACGGAGUUUCACCAGUGAUAAAUACAAAGAAUGAUGAUGAGAGGAUUAUGAAUAAUGCUCGUCUAAUGAUUAAUUCUCUCGGUGUCAGUACUGGACACGCUGCCGACGGCUAUACAAGGCAUCGCGGAGAGGAAUCCGAUACCGGCAAUGUUCUCUACAAACUUCAAAAGGCUCGUCUCGCAAAGCGAAUGCAAAGAAGUGCACUUUCCACAACUGAAUAGUGCUAAAAUUGAUUUUUAUUUUUUAUUUAUUGCAUACCAAUUAGUAUUAUUAUUAUUGCAUGCUCUUACCUCAUCUCUCGCCUUUAUUAACUUCUGUUGAAUGAAUUUGUAACUAAAAUAAAGAAGAGGAAACUUUUCACCCUCUUUUUAAAUGAGAAACUUUAAGGGAUUAU